CCCCGCCCGCUUCUGCUCAGCGCGGUGAUUCACUCCCUCCUUCGCCCCGGGGGCCCCCUUCCCGGCCAGACAGCGGGCAAGACGGCUGGGUGUGCAGCGUCCUCGAACCCGCGAGCAAGCGAGCAGAUCCUCCGCGCCCGCAAGGACCCUAACCCAUGCCAUGGCGGAUUCUGAGCGCCUCUCAGCCCCUGGUUGUUGGGCCGCCUGCACCAACUUCUCGCGCACCCGAAAGGGGGUUCUCCUGUUGGCUGAGAUUAUAUUGUGCCUGGUGAUUCUGAUUUGCUUCAGUGCCUCCACACCAGGGUACUCCUCCCUGUCCGUGAUUGAAAUGAUCUUUGCUGCUGUCUUCUUUGUCAUCUACAUGUGUGACCUGAACACCAAGAUACCACUCAUCAACUGGCCCUGGAGUGAUUUCUUCCGAACCCUCAUUGGGGCGAUCCUCUACCUGAUCACAUCCAUUGUUGUCCUUGUUGAGAGAGGAAAUCACUCUAAAAUCAUCGCUGGGGUACUGGGCCUAAUCGCUACAUGCCUUUUUGGGUAUGAUGCCUACGUCACUUUCCCCUUAAGGCAGCAAAAACAUACAGCAGCCCCCACUGACCCUGCAGAUGGUCCAGUGUAGGCGAACUCCUCUCAUUUCUCUCUGCAACCUGCAAAUAAGUCCUCCAUCCAAAUAAGCCCACCCCUAUAACACUCCCUACCAAUUCCCAGCCUUCUAUUGAGGUAAAAGUACCUUUAUUGGGAGAAUUUUGUUUUCCAGCCUGCCAAUCAACCUUCCGGAUGUGGCCACUUUUAUGGGCAUGCGUAGGUCCUCCUUCCUUCUCCAGCAGAGACAGAAGUUCUGCCUAAACCAUACCCCCACCUAAGCCAUAAAAUGAGGGAAGAAGGCACUUUAGACUGCAGAUUCCAGGCCCCAGUUGUAACCUACUCUAAAUCUCCUUGCUAUGGGGGGUGGUUCUGUGGAGGGAUAAAUAAAUAGAUUAUUAAAAUAUA